GACAGUUCCAGUGAAUUUUUGACGUUCUAUUUGUGUGUUGUGCGGAAAAGUGUGUGAAAAAUUGUGAAAAUUCUACCACAAAAUCUAGUGUUUAUCCUCCAAUUAUUUCUCCAAUGCACAUAGAAAUAUCUGUUAUGACGGUGGCUGGUAUGGUGGGCUAGGUGAGCCCCCAAAUCGGGGGCGAAGCCCUCAAUCACCCAUAAGACAUUCGUACAACAAUAAAAGUGAAUCGAGUGUCUGCUAUAGGACAUCGAGUGCUGGUGCGGCCGAUUUGAAAAAGUAUCAAGGUGGCAACAGCGUGGUAGUUGCGGGUAAAUUGCGAAAGAUGGGGGACUCUGGAGCACCACGUUCUCCUCAUUUCAGUCCCGCGAGGAAUGCUCAAUCGCAAUCAGAUGUUCAGACACUCCAUGUUCACCUGCCAAAUCAUGGAUUUCGCAUGAUACGCUUCGAUGAGGCGUCCGAUGUGAGAGAGAUCAUCAACAUGAUUGUGGGGUCGAUGACGCCCAGUCAAACUGCCCAACCACAGUGCUAUGCACUCCGUUUACGUCACAUGCUGACCAAAGAGGUGCUCUGGAUGCCACCAGACACAUCAAUGACUGAAGUUAUGGCCCAUAUCUCCAAUCCCUCAUGCGCCAAUCCCGACUGUCCCAAUGUCGAUAGGAGUACAAUGGCCAAGAAACAGCAAAAAACCAACAAUAUCACUGGCCAUGCCAAUAGUGUAUGGAAGGCAGAACUAAGGGUGCGAUAUAUUCCAAAGAAUUUGAAGGAAUUGUACGAACAGGAUCGCACCACCUGUCACUUCUACUUUGAUCAAGUCAAGCAAGACUACAUACAGUCAAAUAUUCCAAAUAUUGAUCAGGACAUUGCGGUGCAAUUGUGCUGUCUAGGUUUAAGGCAUUACUUCAAAGACACUAAUCAGGUAUCAGAUAAGAAACAUCAUGUCGAUUACAUUGAGAAGGAGCGGGGAUUCGGUAAUUUUAUACCAAAAUCUGUGAUAGAUACCAUAAAGCAGAAGAACCUGAAGAAAUUAAUUCAAACUGGAUACAAAAAAGUGCACAAUUAUACAGAAGUUGAGUACAUGAUGAAGUUCUUCGAUCUACUGCGAACACAAUAUAAUUUUGAGCAGGAACAAUUUAUUGUGACACUCGGAUCUGGCUGGAAUAUCCCCAUUGACCUGAUCAUUGGACCACAUGUAGGAAUCUCAUAUUUAGCCCAUUCUCAGGCCAAACUUACAAAAGUAGCGGAUUUUGAGGAUAUUGAGAGGAUAACGACAAAUGUUCUAAUGACAGGAUCGACGUCCUCGGGAAAGGACAUGAACACGAGCCAAAGUGGAGGAAGUAAUUCCGACGCGUCUGUUGGAUCACAAAAACUUGUAAACAAUGGGACAGGGAGUGUAACUAAUAGUCCAAUUCCAAAUAAGAAAGUUCCACAUGCUGGACCAUCAGACAAGAAAACAUCCAAUUCCACAUGCAGUUGUGAGGAUAUUAAGACACAGCUCAAAAUUAAAGUGACGGAAAAUGUCGAUGAUCUUGCAAUCACAUGCAAUGGAAUCAAGACUGCUGAAAGUAUCGCAGAUUUAGUUGAUGGAUAUUGCAAAUUAUUUACCAAUUCCGAUGUAUCACUCUGGGAUCGAUCGGUCCAACCAAAAGGAACACCAUCGAGUAGUGCGACAAAUUCCUUAGAAAAGACUCAAAAAUUCGAUUUUGACCAUCAAUCACCCGUGACAACGCAUGCAACUGUUGAAAAUAUGUCACAUGACUCUCAUGAAAUGCCAAAAGUUUCAGCAAAAGCUGCCAAUUGUUCGGCAACUGAAGGAAAUUUGCCGACAUUAAGUGAAGAUUAUGCUGAAAUUGGACUUGGCGAAGAGGAAGGAGACUAUUCAACUCCUGCUGCUCGCAAUUAUGAGUUGGACAGGAGUCAAAUAGUUCUCAAUGAAAUUAUUGGUGUGGGUCAAUUUGGUGAUGUUCAUAUUGGAACAUGCAAAAUUAAGCCCACACGACCAACAUCGAAGGGUAAAUUGAAGGCAACCAAAGAUGAAUCACAGAAUGAUGCGACCAUAAGUGAAGUGGAUAGUGGGAAUGAUAAAGUGGGUAUUAUUCAUGUUGCUGUUAAGACAUGCAAAGCCGAUGCUGAUUUAAAGACUGCAGAAAAGUUUCUCGAGGAAGCAUAUAUUAUGCAAAAAUUUGAACAUCCUCAUAUAAUCCGACUCAUUGGAAUAUGCAGCAACCCUCCAAUUUGGAUUGUGAUGGAAUUAGCAAGACUCGGAGAACUCAGAGCAUAUUUGAAGAAGCAUUCAAACAAAUUAAAACUCGGAAGUCUUCUGCUCUAUUGCUACCAAUUAUCAACAGCACUGAGUUAUUUGGAAUCGAAGAAAUUUGUUCAUCGAGAUAUUGCUGCCAGAAAUGUUCUUGUUAGUUCUCCCACUUGUAUCAAGCUGGCCGACUUUGGUCUAUCUCGUUGGGUAGAAGAUCAAUCCUACUACCACUCCAGCAAGGGUAUGCUGCCAAUAAAGUGGAUGGCUCCGGAAUCAAUAAACUUCAGACGCUUUACAACGGCUAGUGAUGUAUGGAUGUUUGGUGUUUGCACGUGGGAAAUUCUCAUGUUGGGCGUUAAACCAUUCCAAGGGAUUAAGAAUAGCGAUGUGAUUGGAAAAUUGGAAAAUAGGGAGAGAUUGCCAUUGCCAAACAAUUGUCCACCCAGACUCUAUUCUCUCAUGUCUCAGUGUUGGGCUUACGAACCCAGCAAGAGGCCAGAUUUUAAAACAAUUAAGGAAACACUUUAUGAAAUCCUCAUGGAGGAACGACUGAGUGACUGUGAAACAAUGAGACGGGAAAAUAGGAGAGUAGCUGCAAUGUCAUGGGGAGCUGGUGAUGACAAUCCACCUCCGCCAAAGCCAGCUCGAGCUCCAAUCCUAGAUGCUGGAAGUUUGGGAACGGAAGCUCCUCAAAUGGCUCCACAGACGUACAUAAUAGCCCAGAAUCCGGCUGUUCUGGCCCAAUUGAUGCGCGAGAAUGAAUCCCGGAGUCUCAAUCCGUCAGCAUACACAACACCAGCCUCGCCACAGACCCAGCUUCCUGAUGUUUCAGCACAUUUGGAAUUGAAAUUGAGGCGACAGCAGAUUGAAAGUGAAGUCGAUUCCAAAUGGCUCCAUCAAGAAGAGACAAAUCUUAAGAAACGACUGAGCUUGAUAACGACAGGAUCUGCCGAUGGAGACACGAAUGGCAGUGGUUUUCCCAGCACUAGUCGAUUUUCCCCUCAAACAUCAGUAUCCUCCGGCCCUCAGAGUCUUCCAGUUGAAGCAACAAGUGGUUUAGGUGAUUCUCGACCGCAUACUCCUGGCUCAAAUUCCGGAACUCUCCGUGCAACAGCUUCAUCGUCAUCCUCGUCUCUGGAUAAAUCUGCAGCGGGGACAGUCGAGGCUAGGAAAACCCUGGCUCUCGAUCGUUCAAAUGACACAGUUUAUGGAGCUACGACGGGCGUCGUAAAGGCAAUUAUGGCUCUCAGUCAAGGUGUCGAACGAUCUGUGCCAGCAGAGUAUUUAGACUUGGUGAAAAACAUCGGGAUAGAAUUGCGAGUUCUUCUCGGAUCAGUUGAUCAACUAUCAACGCAAUUUCCACCGCAAGCUCACAGGGAGGUCGAAAUGGCUCACAAAGUUCUAUCCAAGGACAUGUUUGAGUUAGUGUCUGCAAUGAGAUUAGCCCAGCAGUACAGCGAUACAACGCUUGAUGUUGAGUACAGAAAGAGCAUGUUAGCUGCAGCUCAUGUUCUUGCAAUGGACGCCAAAAAUCUCUUAGAUGUCGUUGAUUCAAUACGUGUUCGCUACCCAAGUUGCUUUGGGGAGAAGCAAGCAACAUCUCCCAAAGGUCCGUCCAAUUCAACUAGUCUAUCAUCACCUGGAUCAGCUGCCAGUGUGACGCCGGUAAUGGAAGAGACAUACCAAAAUGCAGCAACCCUCGUGGAACAGAGCAUGUAUUCGAAUCAGCAGACGGGAAUUUAUGACAAUGAAUGUGUCAUAAAUCAUCAGCUGAAGCAUUUGGAGCUGGCAAAGGAGAAUCCAUCGUGUGGGACGCCCGUAAAGCCGGCAAUUGCGGCAAAACCGGCAAAUCUCACCACAAAAAUCAAGUCAAAUCUUCUUGGGAAGGGAUUGGGUGGUGCUCAGCAGAGUGGAAGUGAGAAUAAUAGUUCUACUGAAGAGCCUCUCAAGAUUAUCGAAGAUCCCAGUGAUUUAUAUAGUAAUUCAGGUAUUCUUGCAUGUUCUGAUAAUAAAAUUCCUGAUGGUGGAGUUACACAUCUUCAGGAAAAUACCCACAAUCAAGUAGUGAAUCACAAAAAUUCUGGUUAAACUCUCAUUACUUACAAAAUUCUAAAACUCUUUCAUCCUCAAAAUCUACAUUUGUGCAGUGCUUUUUCCAUAAAUAUUCCAUCUACAUUCAUUUUAUUUUACUCCAGCUCGCAGUUGAUUGAAGAAAAUGAUAUUAAUAAGAUAGAUUUACAGCAGUGCAUCAUAAAUUAUUUGUCAAUUAACAUUUAUGGAGAUCAUAUUGAGAACUUUUCUAUAAUUUCAUACAGUUCCUUUUAAGAUCAAUAAAUUAUUUUGCAUUUUAUGAACAAAACUUUCUUUCCCUCCUUAUUUAUUUCAUAAUAAAAAUUGCCAUGAAAAAUCUUGUGAAUUCUUCACAAAAUCACGAAUUGGUGUAAAAUUGUAUACGAAUUUCAUUGCUAUUUCAGUAUUUCAUCAAAACAAAAUCAUGCUUAAAAGUACUUUUUGUGUAGAGAUAUUCAAUCACUGUGAGCGUUUUCCUAAACACAAAUCCUAGAAGAAGAAACAUUCAUAAAUAAAUGUUUUUUUUUUAUGAAUAAAUAUUUUGUAGUAAAACAGUUUUAAAAAUAUUUGACUGAUCAAUAUUUUUCUGUAGUUUGUUGUUCUUUUAAUUUUUACUUUUGCAGGGAAACGUUAUUUGAGUUUCUUGAGUAAUAAAGUCAUAAAGAUUUUUAGGUCACGCCCCUUUCAGGAAUUAAGAUCGAUUUAUAUUGAUAUUUCUCCAUUGGAUUUGUCUCAUGAUAUAAGGCCCUUAAAACUUUAAAUUUUAAAUGUCUUUAUAAGAUUCGUGAAAGCUACUUAACACAAAAAUUUAAAGUUUAAAAUUUUUGGUUUAUUGUAUUUUGAAUCAGGUUUUCCAGAAUUAAUUUAUUUCAAAUUGCCCUAAAGUUUUAAAAUUGAUACAUUUCAAAAUAAAAAUAUAUAUAUAUAUAUAUACAUAUACAGUAAAUUAUAUUCGAUUGGUAGACUUAUCAAAAUUUUGCAAAAAUUGCGUGGAAGUAGCUCAAUUGAUUUCCUAAUAAAAAUUAAUUAUCGGUUCAUAACUGAUUGAACCCUGUGCUGUUACAAGUUCAAAAACGUCUAAAACCUUUUAAUAUGAAUUCGUAUUUGUCCCAAUCUAAUCAGAAGUUUUAUCUUUAGAGUCCGUGAAAAGAUCUUAGAGACCUUGAAAAGCCAACAGUUCGAAUAAUUCAAAAAUAUUAUUAUCCGCGUAAAUGAAAAGGAACAAGACUGUUACUUAUACUAAAAAAUAUAAACUAUCUAUUUAAGGGGUUACAUAUACCAGAACGUUAAAAAAUAAAUUUUUUGUAUGAACUUUUUGUGACUUUGCUAGUGAAUCGAUUAAUAUGAAAUACUCAGAAUUUAUUACUUAUGUCUUAAGGAAUAUAAAAAUAUUUUUAAUCCAAUUUUGAAAGUAAAUUGACAGGGUAAAUUUGUUUUUCAAUCACCCCGCGGUUAGCAACAGAACACGAGUAAUUUUUAUCCGAUUAACUUGAACUUUUCAGGGUGGUUGCUUAAAUAGAUUAUUAUCAAUGGAAACACAGGAUUUUUAAGAUUGAUAAACAUUUAUAUUUGUUAGGGUAUGUCCAUGAUUAAAAUGUUCCUAAUUGUGUGACAUUUUGAUGAGAGAUGUCAUUUCUUUUGGUGAAACUCUCAUGAACCUCUGUGCAUUUUUCACUCAUAUACGAGAUAAUAAUGGAGAGAAGAAGAGAACUCAUCGUUAAUACAUACUUCCAAGACCCUGGAAUCAAUUAUGCAGACCUUGAAAACUCACGACACGCUUUAGGGUAAUGUGUGGUAUUUCGGGACACUUUUCAGCACUUUCAAAAUUCAAACAGCCUAAUGAUUUCACAAAUUAUUUUUUUCUUUAUUGAUUCAAAUAUUUAUGUUCCUUAUUCUAUCCAGAAUAAGAUUCUUACCGAAAAAUGUUGAAAAAUGCAUUUUUUUUUUAUUAAAAAUAGCAAAAAAUGUAAAGAAGAAAGAAUGGUGUAUUUCGGGACAGACAAAAAUCGCUAUUAAGCAAAUAAAUGUCACUGAGCCUGACUAUUUACCUUUAAGUAGAAGGUCUAAACUUCACUUUUUCAUAAAAAUUUUCUUUAAAUUUCACUUGUAAAGUGGAAAUUGGACACUGAAUGAAAAAAUGAUUUUUUUUUGGACAAAAAAAAUCAUUUUUUUUUCUCUUCAAGUUACUGCCAAUCUUGCCAAUAUCAAUAUUUCUUAAAAAUCUUGUGUGUUUCUAUAGAGAAUCUAUAUAAACAGCUACCCUGAAAAUUUCAAUUCAAUCGGAUAAAAAUUAGUUGAGUUCUGCUACUAGUCGCGGAGCCCCUCGAAAAAAAAUUUACUCUUAAUUCGCACAAUGCUGAGUCACAAUUUUGCUUUCAAAAUCAAAUUAAAAAAAUAUUUUUGUAUUCCUCAAGACAUCUGUAAUAUCAAAUUUCAUGUUGAUCGAUUCAUUAGCAAGGUCCAAAAAAAUCACGCAAAAAAUUGUUAAUUUCGGAAGUUCUAGUAGAUGUUACCCCUUAAUUUUAAUGAAAAGCAAAAUGCCAUAAUUUAGCCCAUUUUAACCAAAUUGUUACCACUCCAAUUUAAAAAAAUUAAAUUAUUAGAUCAUCACUAGAAUUGAGAAAAAAGCACAAGAGAAUAAAGAUUUUUAAUAUUUGGAUGUUUCUUUCGAAUUCACGCUACUUAUGCCCAACGCACAAAACCUUUUGUUUGGUAAACAUGUUUACAAAACUGCCUUUGAAAAUGAGCGAGAUGACUAGAUCUAGAUUUCAUUCACUCUCACGGAAAAGUCAAACAUAUAUUUACAAAACAGAAGUUACUGUGCGCUGGGCAUUAGGCUUGAAGUCAAACGUGUCAUUAUUCAUUUUUUUUCAUAAAAAAUGUAUGACUGCCUUACCUAUUCUACGAAUAGAUACAUUUUCUAAUUCAGUUACAUAUCUUAUUGGAAAAUUACUUUAUCGCUUGAAUAGAAAAUAGUACCAGUCCGUUCGCUGUGUAAAAAAGAAAGAAGAAAAUUAGCUCUUAACCAAAUUCAAAACUGAUGCAGUAGAGGAAUUAGUGACAAAAUUAUAAAGAAAAGACCAACCAAUAACCACUGAGGAAGACACGAUAAGUGUCGAAAGCUCUGGUAAAAUUUUGUGUUUGAUUCAUAGGAUUUGAUCAACAAAUUCCGACGCUCAUCGGAAGGAUAGAUUGUCCUGAUAAACCUAGCUUGAAUAGAAACAGUGAAUACCAAUGGGCGUGGCUAAAAGAAAUCACAUCAAGGAGGGGCUUUCUUUUCUUUUCUUUUCUUUGAUUUGUGUAAGUGGCGUGGCUUGAGCAAUGAAAAAAUAGCUAAAUAUCAUGUUCAAAUAAUAGGUAGCAGUGUCCAUACUACGUACGAUCCCAAGCUUCGCAAUGACUUAAUUUUUCUUAUGUUUCUCAAUAAAUGUGACUGAUUGCACUCAUAUUAUAAGAACUAGGAGAAAUUACCCAAUUUUUAAAAUAUAUUGCAGAGUCACAUUUAUUCAAAAAUAUAUGAAAAAUUAGUCAUUGCGAAGCUUGGGAUCAUACGAAGCAUGGGCACUUUCCCCUAAUAUCUUCAGAAAGGGGCGUGGUCUAUAAUACUGGGCGGUGCUUACUCAAGAGCCUCAAUAAUUCCUCCUUGCAAAAUAUCAAAUAAAAAAGGAAAAUUUGAAAGGUAGGCGUCCCAAAUACAUAUUUAACACUAAAAAAUAUCACAAAGCAAAUAAAAGAGAUAGACAUUUGCGAUUUCUAAAAAAAACUACUGUAGAUGAUAAAGAACAUCUGAUAUAGUUGAUUGUAAUUGUAUAUUAUUGAACUUAUUAUAAAAAAUAAAGCCUCCUAAGCAUCGAUGUGGUAGAAUAUUUACUGUUGUUAUAUGUGAAUUUUACAUCUUAAACAGUAGUGAGAAAAUUUUUAAUAAAAUGUUCUUUAUUGUAAAACAUUUUCUCAAGAAGCAUUUCAAUAUUUCCAAAACAUUGAUUUUGACAAUAUAAAUAAAAAGUUAAGGAAAUUAUCCUCCUAGUCACCAUGAAUGAAUGAAAGAAAAAAUCAUUCUGGAUUAUUCAUUAAUUUUUUUCCGUGAAAGUCUAAGGAAAAACUUAGCGCAUUUUGAUUAUGGAAAAAUAAGAAAAAAUCAAAAAUUUUCGAAAGAAGAAAAAUAAUUAUCUGAAAAAGCAUAAAGAUUAUACAUUUUUUUAUACUGUUAAUAUUACUUUGACAGAUAAAAUUGAAAGAACAUUAAUCUAAAAAAAAACAAUUGCGCUUAUAAAUACUUUAUGCAUAAAGUGACAUAAAUUUAGAAUGAAUGAAUAUAUUAAAAAAAAAUAUUGUAGACAGAGUAAAAUGAUAAAAUAAAAAAAAACAUAUAGUCAGCUCAACAGUUUUGAAAUAAUGAGCCUCAUUUAUUAGAUAAGCAAAAUGUGAAAGAUAUUUUAAUGUAGUUGAAUUUAUUCGCAGUUCCACUUCUUGAUAAAAAAAAGUAAAUAAAUAUCUACUCUGACACAAGUAUUUGCAAAUGUUUUCCUUUUAUUUCAUUCAGAGUAGAAUUGCAUGUUUAUGCCCAUGCAUUGAACAAUUUAAUUUUCAUUGAGAAGGAAACAACUCGAGAAAAUCUUACCGUGAAAAUACUUACUAAUAAUUUUUUUGCAUUUUUAUAUACAUGUAGUGGCAAGUUUUUAUACAAGCAUAUUUAAAGGCAACAAGACGAACAGAAUGGAACGAUAAAACAAUAAAUAACUAAUAAGACAUUAUUAGUAAAGAAAAAACCCUUUUCCAGAAAGCAUGAAAACACUUUGAAAGAAUAGUAAAUAGAUAUUAAAAAAAAAGAUGAUUACAGUAACAGUUUGGUGUCCAAUUUUCUUAAGUUGAAAAUGAAGAAAAUUUGCGAUUUUUAUGUAUUAUAAUUUUGCUAAAGUUAUGUAACAUUUUGUGAAGAGAACCAGCUGUAGGGAUUUACAAUUUGGUCAAACAACAUUUGUAAUUAAAUUAUACAAAAUGAAAUAUUUGCAUUGAAUGAGUUUUUAAUGUAGAUUUAUUUAUUUUAAGAACAAGUAAACUCAUAUUACAAA